AAUAAGUUCUGUUCUACUUCUUGUUAUCCCUUUGAUUAAAUAUUGCAAUAGCGAUCGAAUGUUAUUUUAUUAGCACGACCAUAAACAUAUGCGUUGAAUUAUGGACUGUGUUAAGAAGAAAAAUCACCUUUGUUACCGUGCGGCUAUAGAAGAGAUGUUUAUGAAAAAUAGCUAAGCGACAUUUGUGUAUUAUUACUACUUCCGGCUCAAUAGCUACUUCCAGGUCAUCUGCUUGUUCAGUGGGUGAUGUGAAGAGACGCUCCAUCUCCAAUUUUUGAGAGGUGUUUGUUUACCAUUUUAAUGGCUCACAUAACAAUUAACCAGUAUCUUCAACAGGUGGUUGAGGCUAUUGAUACAAGUGAUGGGGCAUUCUGCGCUGAGUUGUUAUCAUUCAAACACCCUCACGUGGCAAAUCCCAGGCUACAGCUCGCAAAUCCAGAAGAGAAGUGUCAGCAGGUACUAGAACCUCCACAUGAUGAAAUGGUUGCAGCUCAUUUAAGGUGUACGUAUGCAGUGGCAAAUCAUGACUUUGUGGAGGCAUACAAGUGUCAAACUGUUGUUGUUCAAUCAUUUCUAAAAGCUUUUCAAGCACACAAAGAGGAAAAUUGGGCCUUGCCAAUAAUGCAUGCUGUUGCCCUAGAUCUUCGAAUUUUUGCUAAUAAUGCUGACCAACAACUUGCCAAAAAAGGAAAGGGCAAAAUCGGAGAUAUGCUUGAAAAGGCAGCAGAACAGCUAAUGAGCUGCUUCAGAAUUUGUGCCAGUGACAACCGUGCUGGUAUUGAUGACUCAAAAAAGUGGGGAAUGCUGUUUCUGAUCAACCAGCUGUUCAAAAUUUAUUUCAAGAUCAACAAGCUGCACUUGUGUAAACCUCUUAUUCGAGCUAUUGACAGUUCAAACCUUAAAGAUGAAUACAGCAUGGCACAGAGAGUAACCUAUAAAUAUUAUGUGGGAAGGAAAGCUAUGUUUGACAGUGAUUUCAAGCAAGCGGAAGAGUAUCUCUCCUUUGCGUUUCAGCAUUGUCAUAGAUCAAGUCAGAAGAACAAACGCAUGAUUCUUAUUUACCUGCUUCCUGUAAAAAUGCUUUUGGGUCACAUGCCAACAAAUCAGCUAUUGAGAAAGUACGAUCUCCUGCAGUUUGCAGAUGUCACUAAGGCUGUGAGCGAAGGAAAUUUGCUGCUACUUAAUGAUGCAUUGUCAAAGCAUGAGACUUUCUUCAUCCGCUGUGGAAUUUUCCUUAUUCUUGAAAAACUGAAAAUCAUUACAUACAGAAAUCUUUUUAAGAAAGUUUAUCUGCUCCUGAAAACUCACCAGUUACCACUUGAUGCUUUUCUGGUUUCUCUGAAGUUUAUGCAAGUUGAAGAUGUUGACAUAGACGAAGUUCAAUGCAUUCUGGCUAAUCUUAUAUACAUGGGACACAUUAAAGGGUACAUUUCUCACCAGCAUCAGAAACUGGUUGUCAGCAAGCAAAAUCCUUUCCCUCCAUUAUCCUCUGUUUCCUAAUGUAAGACAUUGCUGCUGCAAUUCAGUAGGAUGUUGUAUAUUUAAUUUCUCAAUUUUUUGUAAAUCUCAUAUAAAUUGUAUAAUUUGUACAAAAAUAAACGUCAGAAUUUUUUGUAAUAU